UGCACUUGUUCCUGCGGAGGCAUCAGCCGAGGCGAGGACUGAGCACUUCACCUGCGGCCGCUUCCUCUCUGCUCAGGGGAAUCCUGCUGCCCGGUCACUGAACAAGGGCGCUGGGGAGACUGUUUGUCCCUCAGUCUUAUGGCCAGUUUUCAUUGACCAGGCAUGACUGUCACCCCCCAGAAAUUCAACCCUCAACAAUCUUUAUUUAGAGACACAAGUCCCAGAUCCAAUACGGCACAGAUGGAGGAGACUGAUGGCCUUCGGUUAAGGCUCCCCCACGAGGACUCGGUGUCGUUGGUUUCCACCUUGUCUGAGCCCAUCAACCUAGAAGACUCCCAUUAUGCUCAGAUGCGAUGUGAGCUCGAGUCUGAUGCCGAGAAUCUGGAGGCAGAGAACUGGAGCGUCACUGUGGAGCAGAACUACCUGAAGACCCUGAACAAAGAGGAUGUGAAAAGACAGGAUGUCAUCUACGAGUUGAUCCAGACAGAGAUGCACCAUGUCCGCACUUUAAAAAUCCUUUUCUACGUGUAUAUGCAUGAGCUGAAGCGCUCUCUUCCACUCGACGAGGGCCGGCUGGAGCGGCUCUUCCCGAGAGUUGAAACUUUGCUCAGCCUCCACCAGCACUUCCUCGACCGCCUCAAAGAGCUCCAGGGUCAAGAGGAGGGAGCCACAGACUACUACCACAUCACCCAGCUGGGGGAUAUUCUUAGCAGUCAGUUUUCAGGUACACUGGGAGAACAGAUGAUGGAGAGUUACAGCUUUUUUUGCAGUCGUCAGAGUGAAGCCAUCAGCUUCUACAAAGAGCAGAUUCAGAGCAACAAGAAGCUACAACUUCUUAUCAGAAACAUAGGUCAGCUGCCUCUAGUGCGACGAUUGGGAAUCCCUGAAUGUUUCCUACUGGUGGCCCAACGUAUCACAAAAUAUCCUCUCCUGGUGGAACGAAUCAUCCAGAACACUGCAGCUGACACAGAGGAGUGUAGGUCUCUGCAGAAAAGUCUGGGGCUGAUCAAAGAGACAAUCUCCCAAGUGAACACUCAGGUUAGCGAGUAUGAGAAGGUCGUUCGUCUGAGAGAGAUCAGCCUUCGCCUUGAGCCAAAAACUCCUGGUCGGCUGAAGGAUGGCCAGGUGUUUCGCAGAGAGGAUCUGAUGCAGGGCAACAGGAUGCUUCUGCAUGAAGGCACCGUCACGCUGAAGUACUCUGGCAGACAGAAAGAUGUUCUCGCUGUGCUGCUGUCAGAUGUACUCCUUCUCUUACAAGAGAAGGAUCAGAAACUUCUAUUUGUUAACGUGGAAAACAAGCCGCCGGUGAUAUCCCUUCAAAGACUGAUCGUCAGAGAAGUGGCCCAUGAGGACAAAGCCAUGUAUCUCAUCUGUGCAUGCACCUCCAUCAUGCCUGAGAUGUAUGAGAUCCACACGAGCUCCAAAGAAGAAUGUUUCACCUGGAUGACCCUCAUACGAGAAGCUGUGAACAGUCAUCGGGAAGAGGAGCUGUACCAUGAACAAAUUGCUAUGCUACAACAUUUUCAGGACAUUCUGAAGGUCACAGAUGACCAGAUCAUACAAAGCCUGUCAGAGAAACAGCAACUCUUUGCUGCUCUGUACGAGUACGUGACGGCACAAGAAACUCCCCACAAAGGACUACUGCUGCGUGGAGACACGACUGACCUCCAGCAGGGGGAGGUGCUGCUUAAUGGAGCCAUCAUGGAGGUGGAAAACCUGCAGAACCUGCUCUUCAUGACAAUAAGGGAUCCAAACUUUCUUACGGAGGAGAACGACCUGCAAGGAGAGUCACAGAGGAGCACCAACACCCCUGAAGUGACGGAUGAUGCAGAUGCAGUUGAGAACCCGAUUGAUAGUGAGAGCUUUCCCCUGCACGUCGCUCAAACCAGCAGUGACCACCCGUCCCAGGAGAUUCCCUUUUCUGAAGGCCUCGAGCAGUCUGCUGAUGACGAAGGGCAAACCCUCCCAGAACCGAGCUGGACUUCAACCUGGAGCCAGUCCUCUGGGACGGCGUUGUGUGACAGUGUGAUAAUGCUUGCACAGAGGCUCUACAGCUUACAAGCCGUCAUUGCCAAGCAGGACAGCAGGAUUGAGCUCCAACAAGCUUUCACAACAAAGAGCAAAAAUCCCGCUCGUCACUACAGCAACGUGCUCCUUGAGCAGGAGAAGCAGCGCAACUUGGAGAAGCAAAAAGAGGAGCUCGCCAACUUAAACAAGGUGCAGAUACAGCUUCGAGAGGAGCAGCAGCGCUGGGAAAAGGACAGGGAGCGACAUAGGAACACAGUCGAGGCUCUGGAGGCUCGGCUGCAACAGAGGGAAGAGGAGUGCAAACGGUGGGAGGACGAGCUGAAUGAGGAGAAGUCUGAGCUGGAGCGGCAGAGGAAAAGCUACCAGCAGGACCUGGAGAGACUGAGGGAGACCACAAAAUCAGUGGACAAGGAGAGGGAGCGCCUGAUUCAGGAGAAAGAUCGCUUGGACAAGUUGAAGACAAAGUUAAUUCAAAAUCCAGGACACGGGAAUUAUGAUAAUCCUGCACAAAGUCUUUCCGCUUAUUCGUCAUUCAGGGAAAGCGUAGUGAACGGAGGUGGGACUCUGACGGCAACUCGAAGGACCCCAGUGCUUCCUACUAGUCUGUCCAAUCUCAGGGAAAUGCCCCCAAAGGUCCCGCCGCGCAGGGAGAGCAUCAGCCCCCACGCAGCCAAACGGGAGCUCCCCGUCCAUCUGAUCAGCACCACCAACCAGGUGCAGAAACCUGCAGCGGUGCAGCAGAAGAUCCCCACCAAGCUGGCUGCAGCCAAAGGGAAGGAGAAAAGCAGCAAGGGGAAGAGGUCCCACCAGAGAACACAGAGUGCAGCUUCUAUAGAUGUGAACCAGGUGCUGCCCAUUCGAGUGAUGGGCAAAGAAGGAGGCAGCCUGAAAUCCAGAAGGAGCAGCAGUCCUCAGAGGAUCUUGACAUCAGAUACCUUCAGGCCACCAGGAGUUGCCCCAAGUGUAAAACCAUCACAGUCCUUCAUCGUUCACAAGCGAGGCGGCGCUGACGGUCCUCCCCCCACACCACCUCCCUUCCCCAAAGAUAUUCUUGAAAAAGUCAAAGAUAAGGUACUAUUCCUUUAACCAUGAGCUGCAGACUGACGUUGGGAUGCAGCCUGUCCAGCAUGCAGACUUGCACACAUGGAGAAUCGGAGGGAGCUGUGAAAAGACAUUCAGGAUGGUUGUCGUGUUUUCAGAGACCACCUAUGACCAAUACUUUGACCAUUUUACAACAGCUGAGACCAGAUCCACUGAAGAGAAGAUGUCUAAAGAGAUGUAUAUUUGUGGUAGAGGACGUUGGAUAAAUGUAGAAAUUUGUGUUUGUAAUUUUGAAAAAGUUUAUAUUUUAAAUGGUGAAUUUUAUGACCAUAGACUCCGCCCAUAUUUUUUAAAUAUAUUUUUAUUCUGAAUGAAAGCAGGUUUUUCUGUAUCUAUCAAGCACUCAUUAUAAAAAGCGUUUUCUUUAUUUAAGAACUACUGUAGGGUGUACAGUGUAGAUUUAAUAGGUAUACUUCUGUAAAUAUGAGGCGCCAAUAUUUUAUCAGAAUGAAUCAGAUGAUGGUGAAAAUGUCUACUUUCUCCUUUCUUGCUUGGGUCUGCUCCUCCAUGUAUGUUUAAACUUAAAAGGUUUCUUGAAGAAAUUGGUUUUGUACAGGAAACAAACCAUCCACACCAAGUCGUACUUCCUGCCUACGUGCAGUGAUGCAGAAUGGGCUGGAUUGUUACAGUAUGUACUCUGUGCUGUAAUAAAAUAGCUUCUGAUAUUCCCUUUUAGGUCAUCUUCUGUUUAAAUGAAACAUUAAACAUGAGGGCACUCGAGAACAAAAACACAAUGACUACUGG